ACAGGCGCACCGAUUUGUGUCAGGAAUUGCGAAACUAUUGGGGCUGUACAUGCGAAUCCAUUAAGUAGUGUAAAGUUUAGAUCUAGGCCUAGCAUGACAAAGAGCUAUAUUGUGGAACACACUAAGGAGCCACAUUCCUAGUAGGCCUUGUACGACAUCGUGAUUGAUUCAAUAUCCCCGUUUGGUCACAAGAAUCAGGUCAGGCGUUAUGUGCCUAGGAAGAAUUCGUUACAUUCUGUGGACUCAGCAAUGAGCUGCGCUGUCUGAGAAAAUCGUACUGCAUUCUUAAAAUUAGCAUAGUACGCGUGGCCAUCCGGAAGAGGACGCAAAUAUGACCUAUCCUAACAGCAGGAUAUUAUGCUGGCACACGAUGGCGGAAAAGUCAUUUAAAAAAUAUUUUGAAAUGCGUUUAGGUUAUUUUUAAGAUUCCCUCAUUACCAUACAUGUGACGUCAUCAGUUGUGCUGCUGACUACUAGCGCAGUCCUCCAACACGUUGCAGGACAAUGUAAAUGUUAGCUAGUAGGCGCCUAGAUAGCUCCUGAAAUUGUCUGUGUAACAGGGAUGAGUUUUUGAAUAGCAUAGGUUUUUGUUUUUCCAGUAACGCAAACAUGUUGGUAUGGCGUAUUCAUCUUACUGCCCGUUGGUUUACAUCGCUAUUUUACUAGGCUUAUCCCAAAAUUGCUUGUUUUGAUUCAGCCCGGUAUAGUAAAACAUCGAGAUGGACUACUUGUUACAGGUGAAAAUAGGCGCCCUCGUGGGUUUGUUACUCCUGACCGUAUUUUUCGGAUUUAUCCCUGCUCGGAUGAAGUGGUUCAGAGAAACCAGUGGGACAGAAACCCAUCGGGUGGUCCUGAGUUUCAUCAGCUGUUUUGCCGGAGGCGUCUUCCUGGCUGCCUGUCUGUUGGACAUCAUCCCAGACUACCUGUCGGACAUCAAUGCUGAGCUGGACGCACGGAGGGUGGACACCAGCUUCCCCCUCCCAGAGUUCAUCAUGGCUGCAGGCUUCUUCACUGUGCUAAUCGUGGAGAGGAUCGCUCUGAACUGCAGACAAGAUGCCAUGCAAGGGUCAGACCAGGAGAGAGCACCUCUGAUGCAGGCCAAUGGGCACAGCCAUGGGCACGGGCAGGGGAAAGCCUCGUCCACCAACCUGGAGGGUAGUGCCCAUCAUGUCCACAUGGACCUCCAGGCCCACUCCUCCUUUCGCUCGUUCAUGCUCUUUUUCUCGCUCUCCCUGCAUUCUGUGUUCGAGGGCCUGGCCAUCGGGCUUCAGACCACAGACUCAAAGGUAUUAGAGAUCUGCAUCGCCAUUGUGGUCCACAAAAGCAUCAUCGUGUUCAGCCUGUCGGUGAAGCUGGUGCAGAGCGCGGUCCCGCCCAUGUGGGUUGCGGCCUACGUGGGCGUCUUCGCCAUGAUGUCUCCGCUGGGCAUCGGAGUGGGCAUCGGGGUUAUCGAGGCUCAGCUGGCGGCAGGCGCUCUGAUCCAGGCCAUCCUGGAGGGGCUGGCGGCCGGGACCUUUAUUUACAUCACCUUCAUGGAGAUCCUGCCUCACGAGCUGAACUCCCCAGAGAACCAGCUGCUCAAGGUGUUCUUCAUCCUGUUGGGCUUCAGCGUCAUGGCGGGCCUCACCUUCCUGAGCUGAGAGGAUGUCACCCACUGGAGCAACUGACCUUGCAGGAAUAUGGGUGUGGCUCAUAUGAAUCACGGGACUUGAUGUUCUGUACUAGGGUCGCCAUAAUGGGAGAUGUCUCCCAUUAUAAACAUAAAAACGGUCCCGUUUUACUGCAGGGUUGAUGCAGGGGAGAUUACAGUGCCCGUGUCUGGCUGUGACACUUUUAUUUGAGGGUCACAGCUGUCCUUACUCAGUAUUUUUGUUUUUAAGGGUGAUUGACACUCAUUGGUAUUUUUUAUCCUGCUUUUAGCAUAGAUUUUAAUUUCACAGCCAAGGAUGGUAAGACAGUUUUUUUGUUUUUUUUUGAACUUUUCAUGAUUUCAAAUAGAUUAUAUUUAGUUAAGUAAUACUUUUUAAUUUGGUUGUUUUAGCACUGGAAAAAUAAUAAGCACACAGAAUGUGGCAAUAUUAGUUGUUUAUCCUGUGGCAUACAUACCAGUGGUUAUCUUAAAAAAAUAUAUAUAUAUUUUCUUUUAACAAUCGCUGUUUGUAACAUUUUUCACAUAACUGAAGAUCACUGAAAAAAGUGCUGUUCAUACUGACAUCAUGAUUGCCUGGUCCCUUUGGCAAAUGACAGGUGUGGCAAGGAGUGGAAUGUUAGCUAAAAAGACUUGUAUCCAGACUAACAUGAUAUCUCUUAAUAGUCAAAUGAAUCCGUCAUGUCAAUAUCUCAUUAUGUAUACAGGUUAAAAUGUCAAUUGCAUCAUGUUUACACUUUUGGAUGUGUGCCCACAGUUAAGUUGUGAGUUAAAUUGAAGUAUUAAAUGUUUUAUCGCCAUUGUGGAACGAAUUGUUUUCACCUUGGGAACUAUACGAUGCCUUACAAAUAAAGAUUGUUUUAUUGUCACACAGCGGAUAGAUGCAGUGAAAUGUGUUUUACAGGGUCAGCCAUAGUAGUACGGUGCCCCUGGAGCAAAUUUGUGUUAAGUGCCUUGCUCAAGGGCACAGCAACAGAUUUUUUUUUUAUAAGACAAACCAUUGUGACCAACAUGUUAAAGAGAGAUUGUUAUUUUAACGUGCUGAAGUUGAACUUCUUAACCUGUGUUUUCCUGACUCGGUUCCUCGUUGUGUUGAUAGUUUCCCUACCCCAGCCAUGAGUCAUGUUUCUGUUGUGUAAUCAAAGUUUCAAAUUUAUAACAACACUAUCUCAAGUGGCCCUCAGCUUCCUCUUACUCCUCCAUUCUCCUCUCUGACACUGUUGCAGUAAAAUAAUGAUUAAACAAGUUGGCUAUGAUUUGUUUAAA